UGGUGGAAAUAGUUUCCAUUCUAAAAGCAAAAGAGAAAAAACACACUAAAAAAAGUAAAGGAGAGAGAGAGGGGGUGAGCCGAUGAGCGGCAGGAAGCAGGUAGCGGCCAAUCAGAAGGGAAGGGGGACACUGCGACAAGAAAAUACUGUAGAGAGAGAGAGGUCAGAUUAGUUUCAUCACCUUGGUUAUGCUCACAAACCGCUCCAUGUUUUGCUCUCCACCAAAAAGGGGGCCUUCCUACUUUAGAACAACUUCUCAACCUUACCCCUUUCAUGUUCCCUUCCUUCCUCUCCUCCUUUUUUUUCUUUCUUUUUCUCUCUCUCUCUCUGUCCCUCUCUCUCUUGAUGUUGUCUCUCUUUCCAGAUAGCAGAGAGAUGUUGAGGCUUCUUCUUCUUCUUUCACUCUCUUCUCUCCUCCUCCUCCAGGGCUCUAAUGCUCUUUGUGUUCCCCGAGAUAGCCAUCUCAAAGCACGCAAACCAACCCCAUCCCGAUCACAAAGUUCAGGAGGAUCAUCUCCGGCCAAUGCCCCGGCCAAACCAACCCCAUCCCAAUCACCAAGUUCAGGAUCAGCUCCAGUCAAUGCUCCGGCCAAACCGCCUCCAUCCCAAUCACAAAGUUCAGGUUCAUCUCCGGUCAAUUCCCCAGCCAAACCGCCCCCAUCUCCAGUUAAUGCCCCCGCCAAGUCGCCCCCUUCAACCCCAUCUCCAGUGAAUGCCCCGGCCAAGCCGCCCCCAUCUCCGGUCAAUGCGCCAACCAAGCCAUCCCCAUCACCACCAUCACCAGUAGAGGAGCCAACCCAGCUACCAUCUGAAUCAGUACCAUCACCAGUCAAUGCGCCAACCAAGCCCACAGGGUCCAAGUCCUCCGGCGGCUCGGUGCCCUCCCAUGCUCCAGCCACGAAUUCUGGUUCGGGGGCGUCUGGGGUCGAUGCAUCCAUUGCGGGCUUCUGCAAGCAGACCAGCUACCCGGACGUGUGCACCUCGUCGGUGAAGCCGUACCUCCCGGCCUCCGGCCACCUGAGUCCGGCGGACAUGCUCCUCAUGCAGAUCAAGGCCACUGCUACUAAGGUUGCCAGUGCAACUGCCCAUGCCAACCAGCUUCUAGCAGGGACAACCAUCACACCUUACCUGAGGAGCUGCCUGGAAACAUGCAAGGACAUGUAUGAUGACAUGAAUGCGAAUUUCGACGACGCGAAGAAGGCGCUGGCCGCGUCCGACCUCGACACGCUCAAGACCAUGCUGAGUGCCACGAUAAGCGACGCGAGUACGUGCGAGGACGGAUUCGUGGAGAUGCCCGGGCUGCCUAUGCUCAUGGGCUCAUAUGAUAGUGAGCUAAGUAAGCUCACCAGCAACUGCCUGGCCUUGGCAGACUUGGUUUGAAUCCUGUCCUUGUUUGAGAGUCGAGUUUAGUUUGUCCUAGUUGCCUGUUUGUUUCCAAUCUGGAAACUAGAAGAAAAUGGAGGUUUAUGGCUAAUUGUCUCUUGUUUGUGGAUCUUGUGCUUGUUAUGGUCCGUCCAUCUUCGAGAUCGACGGUUGUUAUAGAAUCUUAGAUGAUGAUGAAGAACUGCCGAUUUGAUGCAGGGCUUCGAAAGUUCUGAAUGUAAGAUUUGUUGAUAAAUUUGCAACUUCUU